AUCUUUACUAAAAAAAAUCCUUUACGACUGAUAGUAGAUAUUUCACCUUCAAUUUCACCUCCAUCUCACCUUAUUAAUUAAUUAAAUCCCAUUUCUUCUCUUAUAAUCUCUUUUUAUCAACCAAAAAUUCACUCUUUUCCGAAAAUCCCAACAACCCAAAUUAAUAAAAUAAAAAACACAACACAGUUCCUUGGAAAUCUCCUUCUCUCUCUUUCUCUCUCCCUCUCUCUGUCUGAAGCUAAGACAAAGAAAGAGAACCUUCUCUGUAAAGAUUCCCUAUUCUCGCUUCCACAUUAAGCACCCGGCAGAUCCGUCGAUUGGGUUUGGAUCGUGGUGUGUCUUCUCUAGUUGGCAUUUUGAUAUAUCUUUUUUGGGGUUGACAAUUUAAGAAUGUUUAUGCCUCAUUGAAGCAGCUGAUGAUAGAUUAAUGUUCCAGUCAUGUCGAGGAUCACUAAAUGGAAGCUUGAGAAAACAAAAGUAAAGGUUGUCUUCCGGCUACAGUUUCAUGCUACACAUAUCCCACUAGUGGGAUGGGAUAAACUUUUUAUAUCUUUUAUUCCUGCUGAUUCGGGAAAGGUAACAUCAAAGACAACCAAAGCCAGUGUGAGAAAUGGGACCUGUAAGUGGGCAGAUCCCAUCUAUGAGACUACCAGACUUCUCCAAGAUAUUAAAACCAAACAAUAUGAUGAAAAGCUCUAUAAGCUUGUUAUAGCAAUGGGUUCAUCACGAUCUAGUAUACUUGGUGAGGCUACCAUCAACCUUGCUCAUUAUGCCGAUGCAUUGAAACCUUUUGUCAUUGCCUUGCCUCUUCAUGGAUGUGAUUCUGGCACAAUUUUACAUGUGACGGUGCAGCUGCUUACAUCUAAAACUGGUUUCAGAGAGUUUGAGCAGCAGAGAGAACUUAGAGAAAGGGGCCUACAAACUGACCAACAUAGUCCUGAUGAAUCAUCUGGUCGCAAGGUAUCAUCUUCGGUAGAGACCAUCACUGAGCAGAUAGAUAAGGACCAUAAGGCACAUACAAGAGUUAAAUUCAGAGAAAAAUCUAAAGAUCUUUCUUCGCUCGAGGAAGAGGUGGUGCCAACUGACGAAUAUGCAGACUCAGGUGUUGGAUUUGAUGGCUCUUCCAAUACCUCAGAAAGUUUAUAUGCCGAGAAGCAUGAAACAUCUAGCACACAUGAAAUCGAUAGCCUAAGAAGUACUGUAUCUGGUGAUUUAGCUGGAAUUUCCCCCAGUCAAAGUCCGCAGCUGGAGAAAGGGGAUCCUCCUGAUAAUCGGUUUUCAGUGCAGGGAACCAACGAUUGGGUUCAGGGCUGGAGUUCAGACUACUCUGUGGAUAAUGACUUGGCAGCUGCUUAUGAAGAGAACAGUAGGCUCAGAGGCAGCUUGGAAGCAGCUGAAUCCUCUAUUCAUGAACUGAAAAUGGAGGUCAGCUCGUUGCAGAAUCAUGCUGAUGAAAUAGGUCAUGAAGCACAAAAGUUUGCUAAGGAACUUGCUGCUGAGAUUGCUUCUGGAGAAGAUCUGGUAAAUGAAGUGUCUGUGCUGAAAUCAGAGUGCUCAAAGUUGAAAGAUGAUCUUGAACAGUUAAAGAUUUCCAAAUUAUGCCCUUCCUUUAUCGACAGGGAAGCUUUUGGGGCAGAACAGGAUCAAAUAUCUCUUAGAUGGCUAAAGGGGCUUUUGGCCAUGGAAGAUAAGAUAAGAGAGCUUCAAAAUAAGGCAUGCCUUGGCUACAAUGAAAGAGACCUUAGAAUCUUUCAAUCAGACAUAGAGGCAUUGCUUGAUGUCUUGCAGAAUCUCAAGCAAGGAAGCGGACUCACAGUUUCCAGUCCCAACUUGAUUUUGUCUGAAGGAGCUAGCUUGAAGGAGAUUAGAGAAAUGAGUCCAUAUAAAAAUGGCCAGUUUGCAACAGGGACUGGGUUUGAUGUGGACUUAUAUCAACCAGAAGGCAUGCUUCAUUGUCUUAACAUACCUAACCUGAUUUCCCAUGAAUCUGACACUGUAGAUACUACCAAUGCAAUGAAGAACAAAAUUUUUGAACUUCUGAGAGAGUUGGAUGAUUCAAAAGCAGAACGGGAGAGCCUUGCAAAGAAAAUGGACCAGAUGGAGUGUUACUAUGAAGCCCUUGUCCAGGAACUUGAGGAAAAUCAGAGGCAGCUACUUCAAGAGCUGCAAAAUCUCAGAAAUGAGCACUCAACUUGCCUAUAUGCAAUUUCAUCAACUAAGGCUGAUAUGGAGUCCAUGCAUCAAGGCCUUAACGAGCAGAUAUUAAGACUUGCCGGAGACAAACAUGAUAUGGAAUCCUUCAACAAAGAGCUUGAAAGAAGAGCUUUAACUGCAGAAGCAGCACUGAAGAGGGCACGGUUGAAUUAUUCUAUCGCUGUGGAUCAGUUACAGAAGGACCUGGAACUGCUUUCUUUCCAGGUUUUGUCUAUGUAUGAGAGUAACGAGAACCUCAUCAGGCAAGCCUUUGUAGAUUCUUCACCACCAAACACUCGAGGAUGUGAUUCAGGGGAAUAUGCAGUGAAACUCUUGCAGUUCGAAAAUCAAUCCGCUGGGAUAAGGAAACAGCAGUUGGGUGGAGAUAUUCAUUUAGAUGAAUUGAAGAGAUCGCUACACCUACAGGAAGGGCUCUACCGGAAGGUUGAAGAAGAAGUUUGUGAAAUGCAUUUUGUGAAUAUCUACUUGGAUGUGCUUUCAAAGGCUCUCCAGGAAACCUUGGUUGGUGCUUGUGAAGAUGUACAACAUCUGAAAGAGAAAGUAAAUGAACUUACACAACAGCUAGAGCUUUUGGGUAACUCGAAGCAGUUACUGAUACAAAAGCUGCAGAUUGCAAUGGAUGAGGUUCACUCUCUCAAUGAGUACAAGGCUGCUUGCAUUGCUAAAUGCAAUGAUAUGGCUCUAGAAAACCAAACUUUGGGAGCAGAUUUACAAAAUAUGAGCCAUGAAAAUCAUCUUCUUAUGCAGAAAAUUGCUGAAUGGAAAUCUAUGGUGAUUGAAUACAGAGGUUAUGAGGAAAAGUUAGAGGCAUAUGCUGCAGAGAAUGGAGAGUUGACAUGCUUACUGGAGAAGAAAACCCUAGAAAUUGGGAUUCUUCAGAAUGAAAACAUCUCUUUGCAGGAUGAGUUGAAAACUAUCAAAAUUGAGUUUGCUGAGCUGGCUUCUGGAAAUGAAAAUUUGCAGAAUUUUGUUAAUUCUCUUCAAAAUAAAUUACAGAACUUACUGCUGUCCUAUGACAAAAGUAUCAUUGAAAUUCAUCUCGUUAGUGAAUCUAGCAGUCAGGAUUUGCAGAACAAGGACUUACCAGGUCUACUGAUGCAAUUAGAAGAGCUUCAGCAUAAUGCAUGUAAUAAGAUUCUCCAGCUUGUAGAAGAGAAGAAAUAUUUAAUGCAUGAAAAAGAUGUUGCACAACUGUCCAUUACUGCAGCUGAAUCAGAUACUGCUUCAAUGAAAUGGAAGUUUGAACAUGAAAUAAGGAACAUGGUGGAGAAAUUAGAUAAAUCAAAUGUUUUACUGCAGAAGCUUCAGUUAGAUGUUGAGGCUUUUGCUAACAGACUCGGUGUUAGCUCUGAACUGGAAGAAAAGUAUGCACAGCAGCAGAAUGAGCUUUUCUCUGGUAUUGAUCAAUUAGAAGUUGAGCUACAAGAACUUACUUCCAAGAAUAGGGACCUUGCUAACGAAAUCAUUGCAUUAGAGACUGGGACAGCAGCAGAACUUACAAAGGAAAAUCAAGCUUUAACAGUAUAUCUACAGGAUAAAAAUGAGGAAUCAAGCAAGCUUUCAUCAGAACUGAAGAGCUUGAAAGAAAGUCUGCAAUCUCUCUAUGAUGAGAACAUGGCUCUGAUAGCAUCUUCACAUGAUAAAAUGGAGAAGUCUGCUCAGCUUGCUUCAGAGGUAGAUGGCUUAAAGAGUAGCUUGCAAUCUCUGCGUGAUGAAAACCAAGCUUUGAUGGUAGCUUCACAGGAUAAAGCUGCAGAAGCUGCUAAGCUCGAAUUGGAACUAAACAGCUUGAAAGGAAAUUUGCAAUCUGUGAAUGAUGAAAACCAAGCUUUGAUGGUGAUCUCAAGGGAUAAAACUGAGGAAUGUGCGAAACUUGCAUCUGAGCUUAACAAUUUGAAAGAAAGCUUGCAGUCUCUGCAUGAUGAUAAAAAAGCUUUGGUUUUGUUAUCACAGGAUAAAAUGGAGGAAUCUGCCAAACUUACAUCAGAGCUGAACCUGUUAAAAGAAACUUUGCAAUCGUUGCUUGAUGAAAAACAAACUUUAAUGGCAUCUUCCCUGGAUAAAACUGAGGAAUCUGCCAAUCUUGGUUUGGAGCUAAACUGUUUGAAGGGAGGCUUGCAAACUCUGCAUGAUGAAAAUCAUGUUUUGAUGGCAGCUUUACAAGAUAAAACUGAGGAAGCUACCAAGCUUGCAUCAGAACUAAAAAAAUUGAAAGAGAGUUUGCAAUCUCUGUAUGAGGAGAAUCAAGUUCUGGUAACAUGUUCACGGGAAAAAUCUGAGGAAUCUGCCAAACUUACGGCAGAGUUAAACAGUUUGAGAGAUCAUCUGCAAUCCCUAUGCAAUGAAAACCAAGCUUUGGCAGUGUCUUCAAGGGAUAAAAAGGAUGAGUCUGCCCAAUUUGCAGGAGAGCUGAACUGUCUGAGAGAAAGUUUGCAAUCUCUGCAUAAUCAGUUGCAUGGUGAGAGAAGCUUGAGAGAGGGUUUAGAAAGUAAAGUUACUGAUCAAAUUUCCAAAUUAAAUGAGAAGGAGUAUCUAGUACUCCAUCUCAACAAAUCAGUGUCAGACCUAGAAUCAGAGAAUUUAAGAGUUUGCAGUCUUUUGUCUCACUAUGAGGAUAGCCUUAAAAUUGCCCGUGAAGAAUGUUCUUCCAUUCCUGAUCUCAAAAUCGAGCUAUGCAAAAUGGAUGAACUUUUAAUAGCCACAGAUGUCAGUCUAAUUUUCACAAAAACUCAGUAUGAAAACAAGGCUGCUGAGCUGGUUUUGCAGCUUCGCGCCUCAGAUACGUAUCUUGAUGAACUUCAGAAAAAGCAUAUUGAAGUAGAAACAACGCUAAAUCGUUGUCUUGCUAAUGAAGCUGAGUAUACUGAAGAGAAUGCAAAGUUGUUGGCAAGUCUGAACUCCAUGAGAUCCGAGUUAGAGGCGUCUAUUGCUGAAAAUAGAUUACUUGUUGAGGCAAACAGAGUUACUACAGCUGAGCUUGAGGAAUACAAGGAUUGGGCUCGAGAUGUUAGGCUUAAUUGUGAGGAUCAAAGGCAGCAUUCUCUAGUGGUUGAAAGGCUGAAGCACUUGCUGGUGAGUUCUGAAGAGGAGAUUGAUAAUUUGGUGCUCUCCAAGGAAGAGCUGGAAGUCAAAGUUCUAGUACUCAAAGCCAAAUUGGAUGAAGAGCAAGCUCAGAUAACUACGAUGGAAAGAUAUCUUGAUGAAUUAAUGAUUCUGAAGAAACAGUACAAUGAGCUUUCUCAGAGGCUUGCCGAUCAGAUUCUGAAGACUGAAGAGUUCAGAAAUUUGUCUAUCCAUUUGAAGGAGCUUAAAGACAAGGCUGAGGCUGAGUGUGUCCAUGCUCGUGAAAAAAAAGACACUGAAGCACCAGUUGCCAUGCAAGAGUCCUUGAGAAUUGCAUUUAUAAAAGAGCAGUAUGAAACAAGGCUGCAAGAACUGAAACAGCAACUAUCCAUCUCCAAAAAGCAUAGUGAAGAAAUGUUAUGGAAAUUGCAAGAUGCCAUUGAUGAGAAUGAUAAUAUGAAGAAAUCUGAAGCUUGUCAUCUGAAGAAAAAUGAAGAAUUGGGAGUGAAGAUCUUGGAGUUGGAGGCUGAGCUACAAGCAGUACUCUCCGACAAGCGUGAAAGAAUGAAUGCUUAUGACUUGAUGAAGGCUGAAAUGGAAUGCUCAUUAAUAAGCCUAGAGUGUUGCAAGGAAGAAAAACAGAAACUUGAAGCUUCUUUACAAGAAUGUAAUGAGGAAAAGUCUAAACUUGCAGUUGAAAUUGCUCAGAUGAAAGAAUUGCUGGAGAACUCCAAAUCAGCCAGGAACAUCAAGGAGAAAGGAAAUUGUGAAUCUUGCAGAGUGGAUAGCAUGUCUUUCAGUGAGCUGGUUUUAGGAAAUAUGAACCAGAAAAUUCCUAUCUCUGAUGCUUCAUGCUUGGAGGAAGAUAGUUUAAGUACUUGUGUAGAAGCCAGCCAUACCUGCCCAGCUCCCAGAAAUGAAGCUGACCAAACAGGCACGCUCAUCACUGUGCAACUUGAGCAGGAUGCUCUUGUAUCUAGUGGAGUGAAUGGAGUUCAGAGUUCCAUGCUCCUAAAUGACGAAAGGUUUCUGCACAGUGAUAUGAAGCAAUUAGCUCUUAUCAACGAUCACUUUAGAGCUGAAAAUUUGAAGUCUAGCAUGGACCACUUGAAUAAUGAGUUGGAGAGGAUGAAAAAUGAGAAUUCUCUGCUGCAAAAUGAUCAUUAUUUUGACAAAAAAUUUCCUGCUUUACAAAGUGAAUUUAUGCAGUUACAGAAGGCCAAUGAAGAACUAGGAAGCAUGUUCCCCUUGUUUAAUGAAUUCUCAGGAAGUGGCAAUGCACUAGAAAGGGUGCUUGCAUUAGAAAUCGAGCUUGCGGAGGCACUUCAGGCAAAAAAGAUAUCAAGCAUCCAUUUUCAGAGUUCUUUCUUAAAACAACACAGUGAUGAGGCAGCUGUAUUCAAGAGUUUCAGAGACAUCAAUGAACUUAUCAAAGACAUGCUAGAACUUAAGGGAAGGUAUGUAGCUGUGGAGACCGAACUGAAAGAGAUGCAUGAGCGCUACUCCGAGCUAAGCCUUCACUUUGCAGAGGUUGAAGGCGAAAGACAGAAACUCAUGAUGACUCUCAAGAAUGUUCGGGCAUCCAAGAAGGCCCUACACUUAAAUCGGUCUUCAUCAGCCUCGCUUGGGGACCAUUCCUAGUAGCCACUACGACAGGCUUCAAUCAGCGUUUGGAUUUUUCAAAUUUUCAGAAAUCCCUUUACUGGGUAAGGAGUUAACAUCUUUCCUUGCCACAUGAAUUAAUUAUGUAGAACGGAAGCAGCAAUUAUGGAGUUCGUAGGUAUUACAACUGCAAUUUUCAAAUGUAACAAGCCUCUCAAGGAUGGCACGAGCUUAGAAGCAGCUGUAUUUUUGUGUAAAUAAAACAGUAUUUGCUGGGUGUUGUUCCCAGUUGUUAGUAUCAUAAGGUAUAGAUCCCUGUAACACUGUGGCCUUUCUGGUCCAUGUUGUAAGUCAUUAUACUGUAUAGUAAAGCAAAAUCAUGAAGAAAACAAUUUUGUUUAAUUACAGAAACAAGUGAGAAAAGUGUAUUGCCUUCGCCCCUUGCCAAAA